AUGGCGCGUCGCUGGGCGAUUUUUGCUGAAGAAAGUCGUCACUUCAUGAACGACAUGAAGUCAGCGAAGAACUUUCUUCCGGACAAGGUGCCAAGAGAUCUUUUCUGGAUCCUGCGGGCGGCGCACCAUUUCCGCAACACCUGCCUCAAUGGCAGCGAAGUCCUUUCUCCUGAAGGAGAUGAUCCGGAGCCAUUGGUAGCAUGUCUGGCGAUGCUUCGCCAACAGCAGGAGCUGCCACACUGGCAGCCGAAGCCCCGCACUGGACCUGACUACUACCCUCUUGUUUACGAGGUUCACGCGGAGAGCGACAAGGAGGCCAUCAUCUAUGGAGCAGCGCUAGGCCUCUUGAACGAAGUCAGGUUCUCGAGGGGCGGCUGCCUAGAGGUUCUGGAGAUACCAGAACAUCCUUGGCAGCGAAGCUCGGAGCAGGACGGCAAGAGCGAGAAGGACAAAUGGGCGUGGGGCACGCUGAUGCCUUUGUACUUUCGUGAAGUCGGGGAGCGCGAGCAGCAGUGGCGAACGGACGCCUUCCCAUCUCGUUGGCGGUUCGGCAGACAACUUGUAGCUCUCCGUCGAGACAGAGACAGUGACAAUGUCCAGACGCACUUUGGCUGUCCAGGCCACAAGCUCUUUGCCAGACAUGCCGCGGUGGCCGUGUUGGAUGUACAGCCGGCAAGAGUGCGCAUCUUUAGCGUGUUCCAACCAAGGCGCAAACCCAAUGAAGUGGGCUCUGCCGGGGGGUAA